AUGAAAAAUGAGCUUUUAUCUAGAAAAAAACAACGGAAUUUUAAACAAUUAACACUGCCUUCACAAACACGUACAGAGUCAUCAGAAAUAUUAAAUACACAUUUAUCCGGAAUUGCAAAUGAUUCCCAUAAAUACCAUAAUAGUCUUCUUGAACAACUUGAAAUUCUUGAAGUUGGCGUUGAAUUCAAACUUAAUUUGUGUCAAGAAGAUCUUAAAAUACUGGGGGAUAUUGGAGCAGGUAAUAGUGGUACAGUCACUAAAGUUCUUCACCUUCCUACAAAAACUAUUAUGGCCAAAAAAGUCAUACAUAUUGAAGCUAAACCAAUUAUCAGAAAACAAAUACAUAGAGAACUACAAAUAAUGCAUGACUGUGAUAGUCCGUACAUAGUUUCAUUUUAUGGUGCAUUUAUGAAUGAGAAUGAUAUUAAUAUUUGCAUGGAAUAUAUGGAUUGCGGUUCUUUAGAUAGAAUAUCUAAAUAUGGUGCCAUACAAGUUAAUAUUUUAGGGAAAAUAGCUAUUGCAGUUGUAGAAGGAUUAACAUAUUUAUAUAAUGUUCAUCGCAUAAUUCAUAGAGAUGUUAAACCAAGUAAUAUUCUAGUUAACUCUCAUGGACAAAUUAAGCUUUGUGAUUUUGGAGUAUCGGGAAAACUUAUAAAUUCAACAGCCGAUACAUUUGUAGGGACAUCUACAUAUAUGUCGCCUGAACGUAUCCAAGGAGCAAAAUAUAGUAUUAAAUCUGACGUCUGGUCUCUUGGGAUGACUCUUCUAGAAUUAGCUAUUGGGCAUUUCCCGUUAACAUCAAAUCCAGAUACUCCUGCAACAGGAACUAUGGGAAUUCUAGACUUAUUGCAAAGAAUAGUACAUGAAUCUGCUCCAACUUUACCGAAAGGAAAGUUUCCAAAAGAUCUAGAUAAUUUUAUUAGCACAUGUCUCAAUAAAGAUCUAAAAAUGAGGCCUAAUCCUCAAGAACUUCUGGAUCAUUAUUAUAUAAUAAAUUCACGAAAGCAAGAUGUCGAUUUAGAAACAUGGGCUAAAGAGAUGCUCAAAAGAAACACAACAUAA